AUGGCCCCAAAUUCCAUCCACUGGUUCCGUAAAGGCUUGCGUCUCCAUGACAACCCAGCCCUGCUGCAGGCGGUCAAAGGAGCCGGCACCGUGCGCUGCGUUUACUUGCUGGACCCUUGGUUUGCAGGCUCGUCCAACGUCGGUGUCAACAGGUGGAGGUUUCUCCUACAGUGUUUGGAGGAUCUUGAUGCCAACCUUAGGAAGCUCAACUCUCGCCUCUUUGUCAUCAGAGGCCAACCAGCCAACGUGUUCCCACGGCUCUUUAAGGAGUGGAAGAUCUCUCGCCUGACCUUUGAGUACGAUACAGAGCCGUUUGGGAAGGAGAGAGACGCUGCCAUCAAGAAGCUGGCCAUGGAGGCCGGGGUGGAGGUCAUCGUCAAGACGUCACACACCCUCUACGAUCUAGACAAGAUCAUAGAGCUGAAUGGCGGACAGCCUCCUCUCACCUACAAGCGUUUCCAGACUCUGAUCAGUCGAAUGGAUGCUCCUGAGAUGCCCGUGGAGACGCUGUCAGACGCCCUGAUGGGUCGCUGCGUCACCCCCGUCUCUGAGGACCACGGAGAAAAGUACGGGGUCCCGUCCCUGGAGGAGCUAGGCUUUGACACAGAGGGCCUGCCAACAGGCGUCUGGCCCGGAGGAGAGACCGAGGCUCUGACGAGGAUAGACCGCCAUCUGGAGAGAAAGGCGUGGGUGGCUAACUUCGAGCGUCCCAGAAUGAACGCCAACUCGUUGCUCGCCAGCCCGACUGGCCUCAGCCCAUACCUGCGCUUCGGCUGCCUCUCCUGCCGCCUGUUCUACUUCAAGCUCACCGACCUCUACCGCAAGGUGAAAAAGAACAGCUCUCCUCCACUCUCCCUGUACGGCCAGCUACUGUGGCGAGAGUUCUUCUACACCACAGCAACCAACAACCCACGCUUCGACAAGAUGGAGGGAAACCCGAUCUGCGUGCGUAUCCCGUGGGACAAAAAUCCUGAAGCACUUGCCAAAUGGGCGGAAGCUAAGACAGGAUUUCCCUGGAUCGACGCUAUCAUGACUCAGCUGCGUCAGGAGGGCUGGAUCCAUCACCUGGCCCGGCACGCUGUGGCCUGCUUCCUCACGAGGGGCGACCUGUGGAUCAGCUGGGAGGAGGGGAUGAAGGUGUUUGAGGAGCUUCUCCUCGACGCAGACUGGAGCGUGAACGCAGGCAGCUGGAUGUGGCUGUCCUGCAGUUCAUUUUUCCAGCAGUUUUUCCACUGCUACUGCCCCGUGGGCUUCGGCCGUCGGACCGACCCCAACGGGGACUUCAUUAGACGAUACUUACCUGUCCUCCGAGGUUUCCCUGCGAAGUACAUCUACGACCCGUGGAACGCUCCGGAGUCCGUGCAGGCCGCGGCCAAGUGCAUCAUCGGCGUUCAUUACCCCAAACCCAUGGUUCAUCACGCAGAGGCGAGCCGGCUCAACAUCGAGAGGAUGAAGCAGAUCUACCAGCAGCUGAGCCGAUACAGAGGACUGGGCCUGCUGGCAUCAGUCCCGUCCUCCAAUGGGAACGGGAAUGGAGGAAUGAUGGCCUACCCCCUCGGAGAGCAGCAGCCAGGGACCAACAACAACAAUUCACAUUUGCCUGGAGUGUCGGGGAGUUCGGUUGCAGCGAGUAACGGCAGCGGGAACAUCCUUCACUUUCAAAAUGAAGAAGAAAUGGGGCCUAGCAGCAGACAACAACAACAACAACAACAACAGCAGCAGCAGCAGCAGCAGCAGCAGCAGCAGCAGCAGCAGCAGCAGCAGCAGCAGCAUGGAUACCCCUCAGUGCCAGAAGCCAGCCAGACCAUCACCAGCAGCCGACUUUACCACGAGUUCGCCGUGCCUCAACACCCAGGACUUCUGCACAGAGGAAGCAUUACAGGAAAGAGGGAGCGUGAAUCGGAACGAGAAGGGUCGGGGGAGAGAGACCUGGCGUCCUUCUCCAUGCAGAAGAUGCAGAGGCAGAGUGCACAGACAACCUAGAGCAGCCGUUGAUGAUAAUGAGGAUUACUUUUAAAUCACCAUCCAACCAGCAGAGAGAGGAAAUCCCAACAUGGCUGCCCGUCCUCCAAACACACACUGACAUCAGACACCUAAUCUCUGUCUUUAAAGUCAGAAAUUCCCAGGGGUGCAAACGCAGAAAUGAAAAUGUGUCUUUUAACACUUUUUCUAGAAGUCCAUUGAACUCUUGCAUACAGGUGUGAAGACGCAAGGGGACUGUGCAAAUUAACAAAACACCUCAAACUUGCACAGGAAAAAUGAUUUGUAAAUAUAUAAAUACAUUAUUGUCUUAAAACUGCUGCCACCAGUCAGUACAUACUGUGUGAACUCUGAAGCAGCUAUACAUGUAAGUUAUAGAACAAUUCAACUCUUACAUAUACAGAUUUUUUCCAGAGACCUUUUUGUACUUUAACUACAUCUUUGUGCUGUCUACGUCACCCUGUUCUACAUUCCUAUGGUUUCACAAUGAUUUGUUAUAGAAUUAUUCUGAUUUUCACAGCUGUUAUAUUUCUGUGAUAUCUUUAUUUGAAUUUGCCCUUGAAAAUUCACUCCCAUUCGCACCUCUUUGUUUCCCCCAGAAAUAUUGGGAGUUUCUAAAAGAAAAUUGUAUCUCUGAGGCCUUCUGUGCUGAAACCAAAAACAUGUUGCGAUUCAUUUACGAGAGGAUGUGGAUGUAACUUCUUUCCAAUAACAUGAGGACAGAGAACAGUUGGCUGAAAACUCCUUUUAAAGUUUUUUGUUUUUUUCGAAGAUAUUUUAUAAAAACCAAACGUGCUGUAUAACAAAUAAAAAAAGUUGAGUUGACACAAAAAGAGAGAAACGACAUUCCUCAAAAACCACUACUCUCCUGAAGACUGCUGCACAGGGAGUUUAUUUCUUAUGUAUUGCUUCUUGCAACAUUUUGCAGCCCAGAUUUGUGAAAUUGUAAAUACAAAAUUUCAAAUAACUAACUUUUUCAGAGUGUCCACGAUCUCAUGAAACGAACGAUAGUAAGCGCAUACAAAGGGGAUGCAAAAUGGCCGCUGUAAAGUUGUCUAUUGGAGGAUUGUGUCUUAUUUAGUUUCUACCAAACCCUCACUUUCACCUUUAAUGCCAAAACUAAUGUCAGGUUUGGUACACAUGAAGUAACAAAUCAAAAACUCUAGACAAUGAAAUAAAUAGUGUAUGCUCCCCGGACGGCUAAUCCACCAUAGCAGUCACAAACUCCACUCCAAUGUAGGCCACUUAAGUAUUCCGUGAAUAGCAUAUAUUUAAAAAUGUCUAAAUUGUAAUGGCCUGCAGAUUGGAGCUAAUGGCGGCUUGCCCAAGCUCUACCGAGCAAGUUCUGGUUUCAGUGGAGAUUUGAAGAGUUUUGUCUGUGUACAGUACUCAAUAUUUAUACAUCUACAACAGGGCU